UGGGGGUGGGGGCUUUUUUCGGACACCUUUUCACAUUUAGUUUCACUCUCCAGCCAUCAGCAGUUUACAUAGUCAUGUGUUUGCAUAUUGGAGUUUCAAUUAUUAUGUUGAGGGGACAAUUCCUUCACCAAAAUCCAAAACAUAUACAUUUUGGGAUUUUGCUUGAGCCAAGUUGGGUCCUCCUGUUUUUGUGUGUGUGUUUCCUCCUUGCUUUUUGAAAUUUAAUAUGAAUAAAAUAUUGCGACUAAAAGAGGUAUUUCUAAUAUGAUAUUGCAUUUAUUACAUAUGCUAAUUUGUUUGAAAUAUUCCUUAUCAAAAGAUUUAAUUUGUGAAUCAAUACAAAUCAAAUGGAUGUAGCGAGGAAAUAGAACUGGGGUGCCAUGUACAUGUAAAUUAAAUAUAUGUACACGUAAUUUAUACGUACAUAUAUGAAGAUACAUAUUAAGUUUACUCUCCUUGGACAAUAUUAUAGUAAAUAGCAUAAACUGAAGGUCUGGGGCUGCUGGAGGGAGUUGAGAAAAUUCCAUAGUCUUUUGUAGUUCUAGAAUUUCUAUCCCGUUAAUGUCGCUUCCUGAAUGGGGAUUGAAGAUGGAAAAGCCGACCCGUACAGUCUGCAUGAGCUUGACUUUUCACAGGUAAUCCCGUCAAGAUAAGAAAUAAUGAAUAAGCUGAGCUUUUUGCAAAUAUUUGGAAGGCAUGUGUAUGCUAGCAUUUCUUCACAUAUUUCUGGGUCAACUUACUGCAAUAUUUGGAAGGCAUUUAUGUGCUAGAAUUUUUUCACAUUAUUUUGGCAUUUGUUGACACUGCUGCUAAAGCUUCAUGUUGACCAACCAUGAGAAAUACGGUUGAUUCAGAAGUGGUGCAGUACCCUCCACCACCUGCUUUUCAUAGACCUUCAGUCAGGAAAGAAAUACCAUACAGAUCAGUGAGGAACCAAAAUCCACAUCAGGUCCUGAAACGUGAGCUAAGAGAACCAAGGGACUAAUUCUUCUCCUAUGGAAAAUGCCCCAGUUAAGCGGAAACGAGGCCGUCCUCGAAAGGAUGAAAAUCUGGUCCAUGGGGAGCCAGCUUCGACAUCUCCCACUGUAACUGAUAUGGUGAGGAGAAACCGACGUCGUAGAGUAGAUCAAAUUGAUGAUGCCAUGGUGGGCCAGGUUGUUUCUGGUGUCCUUGAAGGGUCAUUUGAUGCUGGAUACUUGCUCACUGUCAAGGUUGGCAACACCAAUACUGUUUUGAGGGGUGUUGUGUUUGAACCAGGGUUGUCGGUUCCAAUUUCUGUGGCGAAUGAUGUGGCCCCACAUGUCAAGAUGUUCAAAAGAAAUGAGAUUUCCCUGCCAACCCAAGUGCGAGGUACCAACCUCCAAUCUGAGCAAAAUAAUGGAAGACUUGUCAAGGUUUCAGGGAAUGAGGGUGUUCUUGCAUCAAAGAUUUCUCCACCUGUCAAACAGGUCCCUAGAGCACCCCAAUUAUCACCCCCCCAGGUUCAGACCAAUCCCAUGGCAUUCUCAAAGCAAGAAGUUAAUGAUGCUAAGAAUGUCCCAAAAACUGCACCCAAUACCUUGCCACCAGAGGAUAAUAAAGCCUACAGAUCACCUAGCCGACCUUCCAAAGGACUGGCAGGUGAAGCAAGUGGUGAUUCCAAUCAGGCUGUCCAAGUUUCUUCACAACCGGCAGCAUCUCAGACUGAGAACAGGAUGUCAACUGAUGUUAUGAAAAAUGACAAGCCCGGUCUUCCCACAAGAGAAGCUGGAGGACUGCCAAUUGAUGCUGGCCAGGUGGUUCAAGUUUCUAUUCAAACAGCAGCACCUCAGAUAGAGAAGAAAAAGCCUAUUGAUUUGUUGACAAAUGACAAGUCUGAUCUUCCCACAAGUGAACCUGAAGGAGUGCCAAGUGAUAUUAAUCAGAUGGUACAUAUUCCUUCAGAGGCAGCAGCAUCACAGGCUGAGGCUAUGAAGUCAACCUAUGUAUUACCUAAUGAAGAGCUUGAACUCCCUGCAAGAGAACCUGAAGGUCCCCUAAUUGAUGCCAGUCAGGUGGUUGAGGAUUCUUUGCAAGCAACGGCACCUCAGAGAGAGAAUAGAAAGUCAGUCAAUGUGUUGCCUGAUGACAAGACUGAUCUGCUCACAAGAGAACUUGAUAGUUCCAACCAAGCCUCACUUAUCAAGGCAGAGCACGUAGUUCAGUCUGUGGUUAAGGGUGAACCUUCUGCAACCCAACCUUUACAGUUGGUGCAUGACAGAGCUGUUGCACCAGCUGAGAUGUUCCUGGAAAAUGAAGCUGCAGCUCUAAUCAAGCAGCCCCUGAAAAAUUCAAGUGCACCCGAAGAUUCAGAAUUCAUCCCUAGCAUUGAACCUUCUGUUGAGAAACUGCCGGGCAGUGAAUCCAUUGACCUGGUUAAUCAAGUUGAAUCGCAUGCGAUGAUUUCAGAACUUCAGCCUGGCUUGCAUGCUGAUGAUGCUUUGACUUCAGGGGGCUCUGAAGUUAAACUAAACUGCAUCCCUGUGUCAGAUCCACCCGAGACUGUAGCUUACCAACCAGAUGAUGAAGUGACCAACUUCGUGGAAAAGAAAUCUUCUCCAAAAGGUGAUACACCACAAGAUUUAACAUCUAAACUUUCACGUGAGAUUCCAAGUAGGGCUGAGUUUUCAAAGUUGGAUGGGAGGGCAAAAGCUGAUGUCUUUGAAGCAACUGAGGGACAUAUUGAUUCUGAGUCACAGACCAGUCAACCAUUAGAUGCGUUCAACAGAGGAAGUAGUGCCCAAAUGUCUGAUACUUCUCUGUCCAUGCAGAAUGAAGAAAGCAUAUCCAAGGAUGCGAUUCCCAGUGAACAGACGUCCCAAGCAUUGGAGAAAGUAACUACUCCAGCUUUUUCACUUGACUUGGGAGCUGAGAAAGAGACUACACAAUCUGUGCUUCCAAAAGAAGUGCCUGAGCACCAGAUCUCUACUUCCACCCUGCCCAUCCAGAAUGAAGAUUGUGUCUUGGAGGAUACUUUUCCCAAUGUUCAAUCUCAGUGUGAUCCUGUAGAAUCAAAGGUUACUGAUAGUACAAAUGCCUGAUAAGGUGAUGCAGUAAAAAAAACAUGCUCUAACAGAAGAUAACUGCAAUGAAGCCUUGAAGACAGAUACAGCUAAUGAUACUACUGACAGUAAAGAGUUAUGAAAUUUCUUAUAGAAGGAAACUUUUGGGGGGUAAACUUAUUGAAGGAUUUUGAGUCCCGUCACCGUUGGUUAACUAUAGAAAAUAUUUUGUAUUCUUGAACAUUCUAUUACUAUAUCAAUCAUCAGUUAAAUUCUCAGUUGCUUGGAGAAAAACAAAAUUCAGAACUUGUGACUUCAACUCUCAUUCCUAAUCUUUUGACAGCUCUGCUAGUGAAGCUUCGAUCAGCUGUUUAGAUGGCUAACUUGCUUCUUCUGCCUUCAUUGUAUACAGUGUUUGGGGACUUCUUUCAGGGCAUUGCAAUUAAUGAAGUGGACAUUGUUGUGAUGGUGUUAAUAAUGUUGACACAAAGUAGAAAUCUGUUGUAAGGCUUUAGUUGGCAUUGUUUUAUUGUUAAAGAAUGCUAAAGCAGUUGUAUAAUGUCAACGAUUACUAGUUUAUGGUAUUGAGAUUAAUAUCAGUAGUAGAUAUCGAUAUGC